GUCUCGUUCAAUUAUACUCAAUCACACGAGAUCGCCAACCACCAGACACCACCGCGCGCGCAAUCUUCCAUCCCCCCUCCCACUUGCCUAUCAAAAGGCCUCCUUCCCGCGACAGUGAUUGUGCGCUCCGCGUAACAUAAUGGCAGCGACAAGCAAAGAGGCAGGAAAUCGGUAGCAUCACUAUUCCCCCCGCGAGCCGCGUCUCGCAGCAGUGAGAGAUGGCUGUGUGUGGCCCUCGACUCGCGCGCAGGGCAUGGGACAGCCUGGGAAACGGAGCGCUGUUCACAACGAGAAUAUGGCGGCCGGUGGUGGGCUUUGAAUCGACGACCCUACGCCUCAACUCGCCGACAUGUACCGUGCAGAACUCGAGAUUGGCACACUCCAGCUGCCUGUCUACUCUUCGCACCGCCUCUUCCUCUCCUCGACCAUCCAUUGUCCUCCAAACUCGAUUUCCGCAUCCAUCGAAACAGUCGCGUCGCGUUCUCCAGACGAGCCCGCGCCCGCAACAAGAAGCUGCCCCGAAGCAAGCACCCACACAGACUGCGGUCCGCAGAACGGAAGAUGAAGAGGAAGCCUAUCGUAAAUCAGUGAAGACCCAGUCCGAUCCGCACGACGAGCCAGACGAUAUCGAUGGAUUUGACAAACGCACCGAGAAAGCCGCCCAAGCCUCGCAAAUAAACUUGAGCGCGAAGUUGUCUACUGAAGGUCCAGAUGGAGAGGGUAAGACAGGAGGCAGCUGGCGAGAGGUCUGGCGACUGCUCCAAAUUGCGCGGCCAGAAGUGAGGCCGUUGAGCCUGGCAUUCGUCUUCCUGCUCAUCAGCAGCAGCGUCACCAUGAGUGUGCCCUUCUCCAUCGGGCGAAUCAUGGACGCUGCUACGAAUGACCAAGGAACAAUGUAUGGAUUCAGCAUGGAGCAGUUCUAUCUCGCGCUGGGAACGCUGUUGGCCUUUGGCGCAUGUGCCAACUAUGGACGCAUUGUGAUCUUGCGGAUUGUGGGCGAGAGAGUCGUCACGAAGCUGCGGAGUUCGCUCUUCAGGAAGACUUUUGUGCAGAAUGCCGAGUUCUUUGACGCCAAUCGCGUGGGAGACUUGAUCAGUCGACUGGGGAGCGACACCAUUAUCGUGGGCAAGAGCAUUACGCAGAAUGUGUCUGAUGGGCUACGUUCACUGGUCUCCGCAACAGCUGGUCUGACCAUGAUGGGAUAUGUCAGCAUCAAGCUCACGGGAGUCCUGGCCAUCUUCCUGCCACCCAUUGCCAUCGCCGCCUUCUUCUACGGCCGCGCGAUUCGCAAUCUGAGUCGACGCAUCCAGAAGAACUUGGGUACGCUGACGAAGAUCGCGGAGGAACGACUGGGCAACGUUCGGACGAGCCAGGCUUUCGCCGGAGAGCUGCAGGAAGUGAACAGGUACAACACGCAAGUACGCAAGAUCUUUGGCCUUGGACGGCGAGAAGCAUUUAUCAGUGCGACAUUCUUCUCAGCGUCGGGUUUCAUGGGCAACAUGACGUUCAUUGCAUUACUAUACGCUGGCGGAUCCAUGGUGAAGAACGGAGCUAUUUCAAUUGGCGACCUGACGAGCUUCUUGAUGUACGCCGGCUACGCGGGGAGCAGUCUCUUCGGCCUGAGCGCCUUUUACAGCGAGCUUAUGAAGGGCGUCGGCGCUGCCACGCGGCUGUUCGAGCUGCAGGAUCGCGAGCCGACGAUCAGUCCUACGAAAGGCUUGCCCGUCCCAUCCGCUCGAGGUCCGAUUGAGUUCCACAACAUCGCAUUCAGCUAUCCCACCCGCCCCGCGGUGCGGAUUUUCGAAGACCUUUCCUUCCGCAUCGAACAAGGAUCGAAUGUAGCGAUCGUGGCGCCCUCGGGAGCAGGCAAGAGUACUGUUGCGAGUCUGCUCAUGCGAUUCUACAACCCGACUGCGGGCAAGAUCACGAUUGCGGGUAGGGACAUUGCGGAGAUGAAUGCGAAGCAGCUUCGGCGCAAGAUCGGAUACGUGGGCCAGGAGCCGGUGCUUUUCAGUGGCACGAUUGCGGAGAAUAUUGCCUAUGGCAAGCCUUGGGCCACGAGAGGGGAGAUUGUGGCUGCUGCGAGGCAGGCGAAUUGCCAGUUCAUCUCGGACUUUCCUGACGGUUUGGAAACGUUUGCCGGAGCGCGAGGAACUCAACUCUCUGGUGGGCAAAAACAACGCAUCGCCAUUGCUCGCGCCUUGCUCAAGAACCCCGACAUUCUGAUCCUCGACGAAGCAACGUCCGCCCUAGACGCCGAAUCCGAAACGCAAGUCAACCAGGCACUACAAAAUAUGCUGCGCGGCAGCAACACGACCAUCUCCAUUGCCCACCGCCUGAGCACGAUCCAGCGCAGCGACGUGAUUGUCGUCAUUGGUGCGGACGGAACGAUUGCGCAGACCGGCCCGUACAAGCGGCUGGCGGAGGACAAGGACGGGGCGUUUGCGAAGCUGAUGGAGUGGCAGAUGAGUGGGGCGACGCCUUUGACGCGGCCGGAGAAGGAUGUCAACCCGGAGUUGACGGAGGAGGAGAGGAGGAAGCUGAAGUUGGAGGAGAGGGAUCGGGAGAUUGCGAAGGAGGAGGCGGAGGCGGAGGAGAAGGAGAGGUUGGGGAAGGAGAAAGUGUAGAUGAGAGGAAAGGUCAGGUGUAUUGUGAGUGAUAUGGACAUAUGAUCAGAUAUGGGAAAGGAAUGGAUUGUGCAGUAAGGAAUGGACGGAUUGGGGAAUAUGGAGGGUAGGUGAUGGCGGCGGAUGUGACGGGCGCGGUGCAUAGCAAGUCUACUCUCAAUCAAUUGAUCACUGCUUCUCUG